CACAUCUUGCGCGUGGAGAGGUGAAGUAUGGCGGCAUGCGCGAGGAGGGCAGCGGACGCGCUCCGUUCGUGCCGGUUAACGAGCGUCCGGCGUCAGAGUGAACGGUUGUUCUCGUCGUCUUUGGCCCGUCACUCCGCGGGCUCGGACGGCCAGCCGCCCAGGUUCGUCCCUCCGGUCAAGCCUGUCAUCGCCGACAAGACGCGUACGGAGUCGGCGACGCGACGGUUUCUGAGUCCCGAGUUCAUCCCCCCCCGCCAGCGCACGAAUCCGGUGAAGUUCCGAAUGGAGCGCGAGGACAUGGUCCGGAGACGCCGAGUGCUGCACGUGCCCGAGUUCUACGUGGGAAGUGUCCUGGCGGUCACGCUGUCGGACCCCCACGCGGCCGGCGGCGAUAAACGUUUCGUGGGUAUUUGCAUCCAGCGUUCGGGCGCCGGGCUGGGCGCCACCUUCACCCUGCGGAACAUCAUCGACGGUCAGGGGGUGGAGAUAUGCUACGAUCUGUAUAGUCCCCUCGUCAGGACCAUCGAGGUCCUGAAGCUGGAGAAGAGGCUCGACGCCAGUCUCCUGUACUUGCGGGACGCCUUGCCUGAGUACAGCACCUUCGACUUGGACAUGAAGCCUGUGCACAUCUCCCCGACCCAGGACGUCCCUGUCAACCAGAUGAAGGUGAAGAUGAAGCCCCGCCCCUGGUCCAAGCGCUGGGAGCGCCCCAAGUACAACGUCCAGGGGAUCCGCUUUGACCUCUACCUGACCCCCGAGCAGAUGGAGCACGCUCAGAAGUGGGGACAGCCGUGGCGGGAGUAUGACAUGCUCAUCGAGUACGACACCUCCACCCUGGAGAAGGAGAUCUACCAGGAGGUCCAGCAGGAGCUCGCCAAGUGAGCCACCCAGGCCGUGAGCUCCGUCCCGGGGAGGGAUGCGCCACCUUCGGUGGGUUUAAGUACAGAAACGGACUCUGGGUGGAGUGAUUAUACAAGCGAGACACGCCGUGUCAAAGCUUUUAGUUGUCGGGCCACGAUACAUAAAGGAUUAAAGAUGGUGGUCAGAUGGUGAUGAAGGACUGAACUUGGCUUGUUUUUGUUAAACAGAAUUUACUGUACUUUGGUCCAGGCAUGUGUUGUUUUUCUUGUUCCUGUGCUCCGCCCACACCUGUCGGCUCAUUCGAGGCGUGAUGGUGUGUCGAGGCAGGGCAGGCACUUGGGCGCGGUAACGGGCGGCCCCAUGCUGCUGUGCUUGCUAGCUGCACCUGCGUCCUCUCUCUCUCUCUCUCUCUCUCUCUCUCUCUCUCUCUCUCUCUCUCUCUCUCUCUCUCUCUCUCUCUCUCUCAUCUAUCUUCCUGGGGAUCUCUAUUAAACAGCAGUGGCAUUUGA